AUGCCUCCUGCUACUGCGGAUCACGAGUCGGCGCCGCUGCUGGUCGCGCGGCGCGAUACCGACGAGACCCUGGCCGGCUCGGGCGAGACCAUCGGCGCUACCACUAGCUUUCAACCGGACGGCGACCAGGAGAAUCCGCUCGAGUGGACGCCGUCGUUUAAGUGGUUUAUUGUCUUUUUGCUGUCCAUGUCUGCCUUUACCGUCACCUUUUCCUGCGUGUCCGUCGUCCCGGUAGCCCGUCGCAUAUCCCGCGACCUCGGUGGCCGCCCCGACGACACCUCCUCCGAGGUGCUUCUCGUAACCAUCUGGGAGCUCGGCGAGGCGGCCGGCCCGCUGCUCAUCGGGUCCCUCUCGGAGCUCUUUGGCCGCAGCCCUGUCAUCAACACAGCCAAUGUCUUUUUCGUCGCCGCCCUCGCCCUAGGUGCCCUCGCCCCGACGCUGCGCUUCCUCAUCUUUACCCGCGCCCUCACCGGCGCCGCCGUCGCCAUCAACGUCCUCGGCCCCGCCAUCAUCGGCGACAUCUUCGUCCCCGACCAGCGCGGCACCGCCGUGAGCAUGAUCCUCUUCGCGCCCCUGCUCGGCAGCUCCAUCGGCCCCGCGUUUAGCGGCGCCGCCAUUGAGACGCUCAGCUGGCGCGUCAUCGUCCUGGUCAGCGUCGUCCUGGCCACCGUGUGCUACUCCAUAUCGUUUGUCUUCUUCCGCGAGACCUACACGCCAGCCAUUCUCCGCCGCCGCGCCGCUAAAGUGGCCGCCGCCGGCCUGGCAUCGGACAUGGAUAAGCCGCCGACCAAACACACCUACAAGUCGCUUUGGCUGUCCAUCGCGCGGCCGGCGACUGUUCUGGCUAGCAGCGGUGUGCUCAUGGUGAUUUCAUUCUACAUUGCCAUCAUGUUCUCACACUUCUACGUGGCUGCCAUCACCAUGCCCAGAAUUAUCGAGGACGUUUACCACCUAUCGCCUACGGCCGCUGGAUUUUCCUUCUUCUCCAAUGCCAUCGGAUCUCUCAUUGGCAUCAUGGUCUGCAAGCAAUGGCUGGACGCCAUCUACAUCAAGCUUCGCGACAAGAACGAUGGAGUUGGGCUGCCAGAAUUUCGCCUGCCAAUUGCCAUUAUAGGUGCCGUCACCAUGAUUCCUGGCGUUGCGCUCUACGGUUGGUGCGCCGAGUACAACUGGAGCAUCUACGUCUUCCUCACCUCCUGCAUCUGGGUCCGCAUGUCCCUCAUCAUGUCCUUUACGCCCUUGACUGCCUACGUCGUCGAUGCAUGCGGUCUUUAUUCCGCGUCGGCAUUAACUGCCGUCAUUGUCAUCCGCUGCCUCGCGGGUGCCUUCUUGCCGCUGGCGAUUGACAAGCUCAUCAAUGCUAUUGGCUAUGGCUGGGGCUUUACCGUCUACGCGCUGGCUACCCUAGUGGUAGUCUCAGUGCCUGUUGGCCUUUACUACAAAGGCGAAAGCUGGAGGAGAAAUAGCGAGUAUACCAUGGUGGAGGAGCAUGUGGGAGCUGAGUAG